AGACUUGGGACACAGUUUGCAUUGCAAGAGUUUGGCAGAAUGAAGCUUACCCUGAUGCUGAUUCUGUGCUGUUGCCUCUUUAGCCUGGUCUUUGGCAACACCAUGACCAUGGUCACCAAGCCACCAUUUUUGCGCAGCCGCUACAGUCUUCGCUGGCGGAAAACGACCCCAGCCGCCACAGAGGCCACCACGGGACAGCCUAUGGAGCUGGCCACCUCCUCGGAGCAUCCAAAGAUGCGGUCCUCAACGGCCACUGUGGACUAUGAUUACUAUGGCAAUGGUGAAGCAGAGAACGUGGUGCAUAAGUAAACAGCCACAAAAGUCGCUCAACAGAGCUGUCCACUCAAGA